CCGUGCACGUACGGAAAUCUAAGGGCAUGCCGUCGUCCAGGAGCGGCUCACCGGCGACGCAAUGGAGGCUGGUGCUGCUGGCACUGCCUCUGCUCGUCUCCUGCGGCGUCCACGGGCAGGUGGUGCCGGCGGUGAUCUCGUUCGGCGACUCGACCAUCGACGUCGGCAACAACAACUACCUCCCCGGCGCCGUCUUCAAGGCCAACUAUGCGCCGUACGGGGAGAACUUCCGGCGCCACAGGGCCACCGGCAGGUUCUCCGACGGCAAGAUUGUCACCGACAUCACCGCUGAAACGCUCGGCUUUGAGGGCUACGCGCCGCCGUACCUGAGCCCGCUGGCGUCGGGGAAGAACCUCCUCACCGGCGCCAACUUCGGCUCCGCCGCGUCCAGCUACUCCGACGACACGGCGGCCAUGUAUGAUGCAAUCACGCUGUCGCAGCAGCUCAGGUACUACAAGGAGUACAGGUCGAAGCUGGCGGCGGUGGCCGGUCGGCGGCAGGCGCGCACCAUCCUCGCCGAGGCGCUGUACGUCGUCAGCACCGGCACCGGCGACUUCAUCCAGAACUACUACCACAACGCCUCCCUGUCCGCCCGCUACGACGUCGACCGCUACUGCGACCUCCUCGUCGGCAUCUUCUCCGGCUUCACUGACGAGCUGUACAGGCUGGGGGCGCGGCGGAUCGGCGUGACGACGAUGCCGCCGCUGGGGUGCCUGCCGGCGACGAUCAGGCUAUACGGCAAGGGCCGCAGCGGGUGCCUGCCGAGGCUCAACCGCGACGCCGAGACCUUCAACCGGAAGCUGAACGCCACCGUGGGGGCGCUCGUGAGGCGACACGCGGGCCUCAAGGUGGCCGUCUUCGACGUCUACACGCCGCUCCGGGACCUCUCCGAGAGGCCCGCGGCGCAGGGCUUCGCGGAGGCGGGGAGGACGUGCUGCCGGACGGGGAAGGCCGGGACGAGGGUGUACCUCUGCGACCCGGCGACGGCUGCCGGGAUGUGCCGGAACGCCAGCAGCUACGUGUACUUCGACGGCGUGCACCCGUCGGAGGCCGCCAACCUGGUCAUCGCCGAGUCCCUGGUGUCUGCGGGCAUCGACCUGCUAACCUAGCUAGUAAGCCUGAAGCGACGAUCGAAGGCGUACGUGCAGCUGCUGCUGUCAUACAUCUAGUAUAUGUAUGCAUGUGUUCCUACAAAGUGUGAGUGCUUGCUCCUAGCUAUGUUCUCCAAAAGCAUAAUUUGUGAAAUAGUGUUUGUUCAGUUUUCAACCCAAUCGAAGCUCGCUUUCAACUAUAUAACUUUCAAAUUGUGUAGCUCGAUCUUCCUUCUAACAAAAAAAUAGUUUAGGUUC